AUGUCACGCGCGUUUCUGGAGCGAUGCCCGCGAAGGCCCUUGGUGAUACACAUGGAUCUUAACAGGACGAUUAUUCAGUUUGAUUCUGCCGGCGGCCGAACAAUGGAGGAUGCGCUUAACAGCAAUGUUGCAGCGAGUGUGAUGGGGCGCUGUGAUGGUGACAAGUGGGUGGCUGUUUUUGGACCUCAGGAGGAGGGGGAUCGCUCUGGCUUAAUGACGUACGAUAAUUACGUCGAUAAUUUACAUACCGAGCCUCCGGGUAUGCACGAGCGUCCACAGGCGGAGCGCGACCGCAUCUGGCGCGACAUCGCCGCGAAUCGGAGGUUGAUGGUCCGGUCUUUCACGCACACUGGUCAACCGGGAGAAAAGUACAUGCAUCAUGUUGAAGAACAAAGGAGGGUGUUGGCCGCCGCACCCAAUUAUUCCAUGAUUCCAGCCUUUUUUCAACUUGUCAACACCCUCUCCGAGUUAGAUUGGCCAUUCACUCUGAUAUUUCGGACAUUCGGCAACGACUUGGCCAAUGUGCUGCAAGAGUGGCGACACUUUGUUUUUGGCGAACAUGUUUACAAACCACGGGGGGCCGUGCUUAAGCACAUGAAGGAGAAAUACAUUCCUGAGGCAACGGGCUGUAUUUUUCGAGCGGAGGAUCAGCUCUUUUUGUGUCUUGGGCCAGACAAGCCUUCUGUGGUAGUGUGCCCGGAGGGGACAGAAACACUACCUCCGUCCGAAGCCCUAGCACAGCUGUUAGCCAUGCCUUUCUGUAAAGAGGUUUACCAAACAGAUUUUAUGCUGCUGCAUGACAAACUUCUAGAGUACACUUCUGCAUCGAACAACGUCGGUGGAAUUGUAGACUACUAUCCAUUUUGGGCCAGUGGUGCCGAACGACGUUCUGGAGGAAAGGUCUUUCCUGUGGCCAUUACGGCUUCCUCUUAUGGGCUGACCUCCGUUACACCGCGGUUCUACGUGUUCUUUGAUGACAAUAUCUUUAUUGGGGAGGAAAAGUCGAUUGUGGACCUGCGCGAUAUAACGACGGGGAAAAGCAUCACGGAUGCUGCAACUGAGCGCAAAUAUUGUGUUGCGGUGAAUCCAUACAUGGCUAUUGUUAACAAUGAUUACUUUGUAGACUCUCUAGCGCAGAGCAUUCGAUUACAGCUAGAGGAGGACAAUGGAAGCAUUGAUCAAUCUGUUUCUGGAGGCAGUUAG